CUGGAGCAGGCGGGGCCCAGGAGCCUUCCCGUGCCAGGCCGGACACCUGGGUCCCCAGCCCGGCCCGUGCACAGGGCAGGUCCCCGCUGCAGCCCGGGGAUCGGUCGGUUGUCUGUCUGAAGGGACACGCCCGGUCUGUCCGGUCCCUGCUGCCAAGGACCCCCCUUGCCCCAGACCCCAAUAGCCCCAGACCAUGGUGAUGGCUGCAGCGGGGCCGGCACAGCAGCUCCAGGUGGCGUUUGAGGACAUCGCUCUGUAUUUCACUCGGGAGGAGUGGGAGCUCCUAUCCCAGCCAGAGCAGCAGCUGUACCGGGACCAGAUGCUGAGGAAUUACCAGGCGCUCGUUUCCCUGGGCUAUUCAGGUUCCACACCGGACUUAAUCCACCGGAUUGAGGUAGGGGAGGCAGAGCUCUGGAUCCAGGAUGCCGAGAACUCCAGGGAAAGCUCAGGGCCUGAGAGCCCCUCCCGAGGGCACGGGAUCCGGAGAGGAACGAGGAGACGGUCUGAAUGUGGGGAGAGUGUGGGAGGAAAGCAGGAUCUCACGGCCCCCGGGGAGAACCAUGGACAGGAUGAAGUCAAUCCCCAUGCCAAGUGUGGGGAUGGACUCAGCCAGAGACCAGACCUGGCUUCACACCAGAGCCUUGCUGUGGGGCAGCAAUCCCAUGGCUGCGUCGACUGCGGCAAGAGGUUCAGCAACGCCUCCGCACUGACCCAGCACCGGCGAACGCACAGCGGGGAGCGGCCGUACCGCUGCGCCGACUGCGGCAAGGGCUUCAUCAGAGCCUCUGCACUGAACCAGCACUGGCGCACACACACCGGGGAGCGGCCCUACCGCUGCGUCGACUGCGGCAAGGACUUUGCUCAGCUCUCACACCUGUCAGCACAUCAGCGCACACACACUGGGGAGCAGCUGUACCGCUGUGAUGACUGCGGCCAGAGCUUCUGCUGGGCCAAGUCACUGCACCGGCAUCGGCGCACGCACACCCAGGCGUGGCCGUACCACUGUGCCGACUGCCGCAAGGACUUCUGUGAUGCCGCCUCGCUGAGCCGGCACCGGCGCACGCACACCGGGGAGCGGCCCUACCUCUGUGCCGACUGCGGCAAGAGCUUCGGCAACGCCUGGACGCUGACUCAGCACCGACGCACACACACCGGGGAGCGGCCACACCGCUGCACCGACUGCGGCAAGGGCUUCAGCAAUGCCAGCACGCUGACCCAGCACCGGCGCAUGCACACCGGGGAGCGGCCCUUCCGAUGCACUGACUGCGGCAAGUGCUUCGGCAACGCCAGCACCCUGACCCAGCAUUGGCGCACACACACCGGGGAGCGUCCGUACCGCUGCAUCGACUGCGGCAAGGGCUUCAGCAACGCCAGCACGCUGACCAAGCACCAGCACACGCACACUGGGGCACAGCCAUACCGCUGCACAACAUGUGGCAAGGGCUUCAGCCAACAGGCAAACCUUACCAGGCACCUAGCCACACAUGCUAAUGCCUCUCUACCACCACCAGGACCUGAGGGGCUUCUGGGGGCCGGUGGGCUUGGCACAGCUCCAGUAGAUGGAGACCAGGCUGUGGUCCUCUGCUGGAGCCGGCAGCGCAGGCGCGAGGCGGAGCGGGGCCAGCCCGGCCCCCUGGGUCCCAGCCCCGCCCGUGCGCAGGCGGGUCCCGGCUGCAGCCCCAGGGCGGGGAGCGGGCGAGGGGCGGCCCCGGGGAGGCAGCAGCAGCCGCGGGGCGGGAAGUCGCUGCCCGGGCGGAGGAAGCGGCCGGGGCCGGAGCCGAGCCCGGCGAUGGCUGCAGCGGGGCCGGCGCAGCAGCUCCAGGUGGCGUUUGAGGACGUCGCUCUGUAUUUCACCCGGGAGGAGUGGGAGCUCCUAUCCCAGCCAGAGCAGCAGCUGUACCGGGACCAGAUGCUGAGGAAUUACUGGACCCUCCUUUCCCUGGGCUCUUCAGGUUCCAAACCGGACUUAAUCCAUCGGAUCGAGAUAGGGGAGGCAGAGCUCUGGAUCCGGGAUGCCGAGGGCCCCAGGGUGAACUCUGGAUCUGAGAGCCCCCUCUCAGCAGGGCUCGGGAUCCUCGGGGGAAUGAGGACACAGUCUGAAUGUGGGGAGAGCGCAGCAGGAACGCAGGAUCCCACGGCCAACAGAGGGAUCCAUGUAGUCGCAGUCCAUCCCUGGGGUAAACUCAACCAGAGACUCCCCAUGGACCUGUGUCCCCACCACUGCAUUGACUGCAGCAAGAAUUUCAGCAACCCCUCCGCGCUGACCCAGCACCGGCGCACGCACACCGGGGAGCGGCUGUACUGCUGCGCUGACUGUGGCAAGGGCUUUGCAAAGAGCUCAGCUCUGAGAACACACCAGCGCACGCACACCGGGGAGCGGCCGUAUCGCUGCACUGACUGCGGAAAGGGCUUUGCAGAGAGGUCAACCCUGAGAACACACCAGCGCGCGCACACCGGGGAGCGGCCGCACCACUGUGCUUACUGUGGCAAGGGCUUUGCACAGUUUGCACACCUGAAAAGACACCAGCGCACGCACACUGGGGAACUGCCAUACUGCUGCACCGCCUGCGGCAAGGGCUUUGCGCAGAGCUCAAGCCUGAGAAUACAUCAGCGCACGCACACCGGGGAGCGGCCGCACUGCUGCGCUGACUGCGGCAAGAGCUUUUCAGAGAGCUCAACGCUUAGAAUACACCAGCGCACCCACACCGGGGAGCGGCCGUAUGUCUGCACCGACUGUGGCAAGAGCUUUUCAACGAGCUCAAUACUGAGAAGACACUGGCGCACACACACCGGGGAGCAGCCGUACCACUGCAAUUACUGUGGCAAGAGCUUUGCACAGAGCUCAAUACUGAGAAUACACCAACGCACACACACUGGGGAGCGGCCGUACCUCUGUGCUCACUGUGGCAAGGGCUUUGCACGGCGCACUUACCUGAGAAUGCACCAGCUCUCACACACUGGGAAGCGGCUGCACCGUUGCACUGAUUGCGAAGAGUGUUUUGCACAGAGCUCAUCCCUGAGAAAACACCAGCGCGUGCACAGCGAGGAGCAGCCAUACCGCUGCAAUGAAUGUGGCAAGAGCUUUGCGGGGAGCUCAAAGCUGAGAAUACACCAGCGCACGCACACCGGGGAGCGGCCGCACCGCUGCACCGACUGUGGCAAGAGCUUUGCAGAGAGCUCAAAGCUGAGAAUACACCAGCGCGCACACACCGGGGAGCGGCCGCACCACUGCACCGACUGUGGCAAGAGCUUUGCAGUGAGCUCAAGCCUGAGAGCACAUCAGCGUACGCACACCAGGGAGCGGCCGCACCGCUGCACCGACUGUGGCAAGAGCUUUGCAGAGAGAUCAAAGCUGAGAAUACACCAGCGCACGCACACCGGGGAGCGGCCAUAUCACUGCAACGACUGUGGCAAGGGCUUUGCCCAGAGCUCCACCUUGAGACUACACCAGCGCACACACACCGGAGAGCGGCCGCACUGCUGCACCGACUGUGGCAAGGCCUUUGCCCAGAGCUCAACCCUGAGGAUGCACCAGCGCACGCACACUGGGGAGCGGCCGUACCACUGUGAUGAUUGCAAGAAAAGCUUCAGCAAUGCCAGUACGCUGACCAGACAUCAGCACACACACAGCGGGGAGCAGCUGUACAGCUGUACCAACUGUGGUAACAGGUUCAGCAAUGCCAACAAGCUGACCCAGCUCCAGCACAUGCCCAUGGGGGAGCGGCCGGACUCCUCGCUGACUGCGGCAAGGGCUUUGCACACAGCUCAAACCUCUGAAUACAUCAGUGUGCACACACCAGGGAACGGCCAUUCCAAUGCUACAGAAAAAGCUUUGCACAGAGUUAAUACCUGAGAACACCAGCGCAUUCACAGCAGGGAGUGGCUGUGUUGGCUGUGGCAAAUGCUUUGCUCACUUGGGCACCCUCACUUGGCACCAGUUGACUCACUAACAUCCCUCUGCCAGUGCCAGGGCCUGAGGGGCUUCUGGCAGCAGGUGGGCCUGGCACAGUGCCAGCGAUGCAGAUAAGGGAGCAGUCCUGUCCCCAUGAUGCCCAGCAGAGACUGUGUGGGGCAGGGAAUGGGACUUGGCAGUGUGGGGGGAUUUUAGAGUAGAUGGUCACAGCCUACUCCAUUAGGGUCCUCCUGCAUCAAGCUGGGAUCCAGCCAGGUCUCUCUGUCAAACUCUCCCCAACACAUAUAGCUGUGAGGCAGCUGGGACAAUCCUUCUCCACCCCCCAUCCAGAUGGGACUGAGGCAGGAACUUCCCUCCACACCUACCUCGGUUUCAGCCAGGGGGUGACUCUUAGGUGACAUCGGAGAUAGGAUUUGCAGUCCUCUCAGCAUGGAUUGGGUUGAGGGGCGGGGCAUGACAGCCCAGUAUGUGUGAUUGAAAGACGACUCAGGAACUGCUCAUAUCGUCUAUUUUAAAUAGAAAUGUGAUGAAGAAAAAUUAUGUACCUAAUGUGUAACAAAGGUCUGUCUAACCAGGUGUUUCUUUGCUAUUAAAGAAGCUGAUGCAUUUGGAUGGUGUGUGGAGAAGCCAAUGUGAAGUGUCAGUCUUUUAAAAUAAAUCAGCCCAAAUGUACUAAGGCCUAACUGACCAUGAGGCCUGAUGAACUGUGUAACUGGCAGGUGCUCACAGAGAGUUUCGCAUUACUCCUUGGGGAAGUCUAUGCCCCCCCAAAAUUAAAAAUUCUACACACCA